UAACGUAACAAAACUGGAGGAAGAAGUAACCAGUAGAUAACCAUAGAGCGGUCUCCAUUCAAACUUGGAUUCUAUUUCAUUCUAUUUGUGUUCCUGUUUCUGUCCAUUUCCUCUUUCUCUUCCUCAACACCCUCUCACUUCCCCUUUUUUUUUUUCUUCUCAAAUGGUUUUGGGACCAAACGGCAUCGUUUGGAUGGAAGGUCAAGAUCAGGAACACUCGGUUCCUUGGCCCAGAACCAACACCACCAUCGACGAAGCACAGCCACCGCCUAAAGUGGACGACUUAGUUAUGGCUGGUGACUCUCUCUCUGGUUCCAAACCUAUGCUUGACACUGACUGGUUCAUCAACACCACUUUGAACCCACCACCACCUCACCAAGAUUCUCUCAACGCCACCAGCAUGGAAACUCACCCAGAGCUCAGAGGUUUAAACGCCUUCUCUGAAAGCAAUCUUCUUCUCCAGCCUUUGGACUCGCAGGCUUUCACUCUCCUCAAUCACAACAACAAUAGCAGCAACAACAAUCCCUUUGUGAGUGGCUUUGAUUUGGGUUGUGAAGGUGGUUUUAUUCAGCAGUUGAACCAGGCUCCAGGGUCCAGUUUGAUGGGCUUAACGCCUCAGAUUUGUACUACUCCUGACUCUGAGUUUCAUGGGUUUAAUCCUUUUACUUGUUUUGAAGGUUUUGACGGUUUAUAUUUCAACAACAACAGUAACAUUAACAGGUCUAAAGUAUGUUCACAGCCGACACUGUUUGAGAAGCGAGCUGCGUUGAGGCAGAGCUCUGGUAAAUUGGAAAAUUUAGAUAUAUUGGGAGGGAAUUUGAUGGAGAGUAAGAGUAAGAAAAAUGAGGAGGCCAGUAUUGACAUUUCGGGUUUGAAUUAUGAGUCUGAUGAGUAUACUACUAAGGUUGAGGAGAGUGUGAAAAAUUGGAAUGGAAAUAGUAGUGUGAGUGGUGGGGAUAAUAAAGGGAAAAAGAAGGGUUUGCCUGCAAAAAAUUUGAUGGCUGAGAGGAGGAGAAGGAAGAAGCUUAAUGACAGGCUUUACAUGCUCAGGUCUGUUGUACCCAAGAUUAGCAAGAUGGAUAGGGCUUCCAUACUCGGGGAUGCCAUUGAUUACUUGAAAGAGCUGCUUCAGAGGAUCAAUGAUCUCCAUAAUGAAUUAGAGUCAACACCAACUGGUUCUUUGACGUUGCCUUCUACAAGCAUUCAGCCUAUGACCCCAACUCCACCUACUCUUCCUUGCCGCGUCAAGGAAGAGCUAUGCCCGAGUCCUAAAGGCGAACCUGCAAGGGUGGAGGUUAGGGUAAGGGAAGGAAGGGCUGUCAACAUCCACAUGUUUUGUGCCCGGAGACCAGGUCUUUUGCUCUCCACCAUGAGGGCUCUAGAUAACCUGGGUUUGGACAUUCAGCAGGCUGUCAUCAGCUGUUUCAAUGGGUUUGCACUGGAUGUCUUCCGAGCAGAGCAAUGGAGGGAAGGCCAGGAUGUGUUGCCCAAACAAAUCAAAUCAGUUCUUCUGGAAAUGGCGGGUUUCCCUGAUACAAUGUAGCUCUUCUGUAUUUGCAACCGUCAGUACAAGUGGAGGAACUAACUGUUGUUCUGUACCUCAAGUAGUUUGUAAAUGCAAUUUACUUCUCAUUUCUAUUCCCAGAGGUAUAUUAUGAACAAGACCAGAUUGAUGUAGUUUGGAGAGACAGGUAGGUUGGUUAAUCAUCUUUGGUGGGUUCUAUUUCGUUAUCGUGCUUCAAAGGCAUAGAAACUCAAGUUGUUCUUUUGAAAUCAUCUUUGGUGGGUUCUAUUUCGUUAUCGUGCUUCAAAGGCGUAGAAACUCAAGUUGUUCUUUUGAAAUUUCAGUUUUUAGAAUAAAAUUUCCGUUUUAGUUGUUUAAUUAGCAUGAACAAUUGUUAAAGCUUGUGAAUGUUUGCAUUUUCUGGAACUUUUUUUUCC